CUGAAUAGUGGAUUUGUGAUACACGCAUGAGUGCUGGGCCCAUCCUUGGCAAAUUCCUCUUCAUUUCAUUGCGUUUUUUUACUGAAUUGCAGUGUUCGGGUUAGAAGCAUUUCAACAAUGCUGCAAACUGUAGCCUUACCCGCUCCCUAGAAGCUGUUGAGGUUACGCGAACCGAGUCUGUUUGAACAUGCCCCAUCUCCUCUUCCGUGAGGGUUGACAUGCAGAUCCACAUGCAAGUCCUCUGAGUCUUAAUUGCAGCGCGAGGUGAGUGUCACGUUAUUCACAAGUGAAGUUCUUGCAAUGAUGACUAGAAAAAUUCCUGAUUACAGCAGAAGUGAGAUGUUUCGUUUCUUCUCAGAUGGGUCAUGGUGAUUUAGUUUUAGGGUUUCUGUGAUGGGGCGUGGUUUGUAAACCACGUGGGCUGAUUGUAAGUCGGGCAAUUUGAUGACUGCAGUGAGAUUAAUAUCUGUGCAGCCGUUCCAUGCGGGUCUGGAAUCAGGUUGUGUGAAAGGAAAACGGGACGUGUCUUGCAGAAUGGUGGGCGCUGCGGCGAAAACCGGCACGAGCGGGAAGAAACAGAAUAAGAAGAAAUCGUUGAAAUCGCAAGAUCUGAUGGCUUGGCCAACUGUGUCUCCAAAACCUUCUCUCAAGCGCGACCUCAGCCACUCCAUUCACCUCUUCACAGUGCCGGAUUUUUUGAGUCAGAAUGAGUGCGAAGCUUUCAUACGGUGUGCAGAUGCUCGCGGAUUGGAACACCAAGGCAGCGGGGGUCCUGCUAAGGGCGAAGCUUUUCGCGACAAUGAGCGGCUAGCGGAUUACAAUCCCGACCUUGCAAAUAUGCUAUGGCAAGCCGGAUUGCGGGAGAGUUUCCACGACAUCGUUCUCCCAGGAGGCAGAGUUGCUGUGGGAUUAAACCCCAAUAUUCGCUUGUACAGGUAUGGACUGGGCCAGCGUUUUGGCCCGCACUACGACGAGAGUGUGGAUAUGGAUGGAGGCGGCGCCACUGAAUUCACGUUGCUUAUUUAUUUGACUGGGGGUUUGAGUGGCGGUGAGACGGUCUUCUAUGAAAGGCGAAAAGUUGUCGCGGAGGUUGCACCAGUGGCAGGGUUGGCGCUCUUCCAUAUUCACGGUGCUCGCUGUUUAUUGCACGAAGCCAAGCCUGUCCUCAAGGGCGUUAAGUACGUGUUGCGCUCCGAUGUGGUGUUCGCAUGAGGAAUGAACUCCGACAUCAUGUGGAUUGUUCCAUUUUCAUGCAAGCAUUUAUAUUUCCCUCCAACUAGGGGAUCGGUGGCUGUACAUUUUCACUUCUAAUCAAGGAUUUUAACACGUGAUUGUUGCAUUGAUCACAUGCUUAUCUCGACAGCUCCACGAAGUUGGAGUGCAUUCGUUGAAGGGCUUUAUUCGUGGAAUAGGGUUUUAAAGCAGUUCAUGUCUUCCCCUGCACAGGAUAAAGAAAGCACUUCUGUACACCAGAUAGUUUGAUCUGAAACUGCUUGUGGGUAUGGAUUCGCUGAGGAUAUGAAGCUUCGAGGUGUUAUGUAUGAUUAGAGGCCACAAUUCCUUUUGUGAUUACAUGGUAUAUGAGAAUAGCGUGAAUCCCAUUAAACUAAGUGUUUCGAGAAUAGUUUGAACGCAACUAGUGUAUUGUUCAAGCUAUUGAUAAAGUGGAGCUGGUUCCUGUCUCCAUGGACAGUAGGUCCCUAGAAAGCUUUUUAAAGCAUUGUAAGUUGUAACAGUAACAAAAAAAAUUCGCAUAAUUUGAAAUUGAAGUAAUUUGGAAUUUGCGUUAUUA